CGCCCUACCUGGGGCCCAAGCCUCUGUCUCCGCCCCCGAACCUCGCGCAAACCUGGGAGACACCCAUUAGAUUCUGUGUCGCCGCCACCAGGCAGCGGCAGCGGACUGGGAGAUAUCCGGCAGCUGGCUAAGAAUCCUGCCUCCAGGCAGAGAGGGGGGCUAGGUGCCCCUCCCUCUCCGCCUGAUUUCUUUGGGGAGGAGCCGCCCUGCUCCCCGCCCCUAACUGGCCCUACCGCGUGUAGCGUCUGAGAGCACCGAGAAGGAGCUGACCUGCCGAGAUGGAGGCAACGGGCACCUGGGCGCUGCUGCUGCUGCUGUUGUUGCUGCUGGUGGUGCUGAAGCUGGCGCUGCCCAGGACCCGAGGCCACCUGCCUCCCGGGCCCACGCCGCUACCGCUGCUAGGGAACCUCCUGCAGCUCCGGCCUGGGGCACUGUACUCGGGGUUCUUGCAGCUAAGUAAGAAGUACGGACCAGUGUUCACCGUGCACCUGGGACCCUGGCGGCGCGUGGUGGUCCUGGUUGGGUACAAGGCUGUGCGGGAGGCUCUGGGAGACCACACCGAGGAGUUCAACGGACGGGGGAGAUUGACGACAAUGGAGCGGACCUUUGGUGACCACGGGGUUUUCUUCUCCAACGGGGAGCGAUGGAGGCAACUGAGGAAACUCACCAUGCAUGCUCUGCGCGAUGUGGGCAUGGGGAAGCGAGAAGGCGAGGAGCUGAUCCAGGCCGAGGCCCAGCGUCUGGUGGAGGCAUUCCAGGAGAGGGAAGGACAGCCAUUUGACCCCUCUCUGCUGCUGGCCCAGACCACCUCCAACGUCAUCUGCUCCCUUGCGUUUGGCCUCCGCUUCCCCUAUACGGACAAGGAGUUCCAGGCCGUGGUCGGAGCAGCUGGUGGCACUCUGCUGGGGAUGAGCUCCCCAUGGGGCCAGUUCUACGAGAUGUUCUCCUGGCUCCUGCAGCCCCUGCCAGGCCCCCACAAACAGCUGUUUGGCCACCUGGACACCCUGGCUGCCUUCACCAUCCGGCAGAUACAGCAGCACCGGAGGAACCUGGACACGUCGGGCCCCGCCCGAGACAUCGUUGAUGCCUACCUGCUGAAGAUGGCACAGGAGGAACAAGACCCAAACACAGAAAUCACCGAGAAGAAUUUGCUGAUGACAGUCACUUACCUGCUGUUUUCUGGGACAGUGACAACCAGUGCCACGGUCUGCUACGCCCUCCUGCUUCUUCUGAAGUAUCCUUGGGUCCAAGAGCGGGUACAUGAGGAGCUGACGCAGGAGCUGGGGGUUGGCCGGGCACCAAGCUUGGGGGACCGUGCCCGCCUACCCUACACAGAUGCGGUUCUGCACGAGGUGCUGAGGCUGCAGGCGCUGGUGCCCAUGGGUGUGCCCCACACCCUCACACGGACCACUUGCUUCCGAGGGUACACCCUCCCCAAGGGCACUGAAGUCUUCCCCCUCAUUGGUUCCGUCCUGCACGACCCUGAGUUCUUCGAGCAGCCAGAGGAAUUCAACCCAGGCCGUUUCCUGGAUGCGGAUGGACGGUUCAAGAAGCACGAGGCGUUCCUGCCCUUCUCCUUAGGCAAGCGCGUCUGCCUCGGGGAGGGCCUGGUGCGGGCUGAAGUCUUCCUCCUCUUCACUGCCAUUCUGCAGUCCUUCUCCCUGGAGAGCCCAUGCCCACCAGGUGCCCUGAGCCUAAAGCCAGUCAUCAGCGGCUUUGCCAACAUUCCCCCAGCCUUCCAGCUGCAGGUCCGGUCCCGCUAACCCCGCUCCACUCGAGAGAACCAGAGGAAGAAGAGAGCCUUGGGAGGUGGCGACUGCCAAGGACAGUGCCCCCGGCCUUGAUGGAGGAUGUGGACACAGUUGUGUCUCCGGAGUCACAGGUCCACACCACAGGCAGCUGCACUCAGCUCACACAGCCAUCAAGACACGUGACCACGCAGCCACACACUCAGCUGCACAGCACUCGACAGACAUAAAGUUAGUCCACCUGGAUUCACAACCACACGCCCAGAUAACCCACCAGCUCAUAUGCACAUAACUGUCCUGAACACACACCCUUGUCAUUCAUCAAACCUGCUGAGUGCCCACCACCUCCGGGAGCCUGACACAACACGCCCCCUCCUAGAUCGUGUCACCCCACAGAGACCACCCCUGUCCCCAGCCCACCACUAUCCAGGCAUGUGACCUCUGUCCACACCCCCCAGUCUCCGUCAGCCUCCCUCUACACCCCCAGCCUCCAUCCACACUCCCCAACAUUGAAGCCACACACACAACACCACACACCUUCAGCACCCAAGGACACCCCUUUCCAAGCACCCUGACCUCCCAGUUCUCCCAAGCACAAGCACAUCCCUCAUGUGCAACUGGACACAUAGACCUGGGAAGCAAGUAAACCUGGGCACACAAGGGCCCUCAAACCAAAGGAACACCCCCAUGCCCCUAUUUAUGUAACCGUGUUGAAAGCCUCCCCCACCCAACACAGUGGUUUGAGCUAUAUGAGCUCUAAGGGUUUACUGUUUCGAAAUCUCAAUUAGAUCCAGGAGGAGGGACUCCACAGGCCAAGGAGGGGCCAGAUCCCAACCCCCAGCCUCAUAGUGUCGGAGAGGAGGCCAGGUCUGGCAUACCUUGUAACUUAAAGGUUCCCAUUUUGCAAUAAAAAUUGGAUUCUGGCCUAUGGCAGGGCCUAGAGUGAG